GAUUUCUGUUUAUCUUUGAGUUCAAGUCCAAGAAGAAAGAAAGAAACUCGACAUCAUGGGACAAACCGCUUCUGCUACUGACUUAAAUCAGAAGAUGAGUGACUGUGAAGAGGAAGAGGAGGGCAGAGCAGAGUCUGCAGUGUCCAGCCGUCUGUCAAUGAAGAGCGACCGGUCUAAAGGACGACCUCCGCUCUUCAGUGCUGAACCUGGACCUUCAGACACAAAGGACAGGAAGAGGAGUCGAGGUGAUGUGAAGGAGCAGCUGUCCUGCUGUGCUUUGUGUCAGGAGCUCCUGAGGGAUCCAGUCUCCACCAGCUAUCCUGCCUGUCCCCAGUGUGGAGAAAGAUCCAGAACAAGACCUGGACUGCAGACACCCAGUCAAACCAGCCCAGUGGACGGCGAUCUGCAGGAGGUUUUAGACGAGCAUAAGAUCAGUCUGAGGAGGAGAUGUGAAUUUGUGACAGAAGGAACUGCUGCAGCAGGAAGUGGAACCCCCCUCAACAGGAUCUACACUGAGCUCUACAUCACACAGGGACGGAGGGAAGAGGUUAAUACCCAACAUGAGGUGUGGCAGCUGGAGACAACAUCCAAGAUGGAGACCCUCAGUGACACUCCAAUCAGGUGCCAGGACAUCUUUAAACCCUUACCUGGCCAAGACACACACAUCAGAGUAGUUGUGACGCAGGGCGUUGCCGGGAUUGGAAAAACCUUCUCAGUGCAGAAGUUCACUCUGGACUGGGCAGAGGGCUUGGAAAACCAACAUGUCAGUCUUGUGGUUCUGCUUUCGUUCCGGGAGCUGAACUUGAUCAAAGAUGAGCGCUACAGUCUUCUCCAGCUGCUCCGUGUUUUCCACCCAACAUUACAGACGGUCACAGCAGAGAAGCUCGCCGUCUGUAAAGUCGUGUUCAUCUUUGACGGCCUGGAUGAAAGCAGGUUUUUAUUGGAUUUCCAGAACAAUGAGGUCGUGUCUGAUGUCACACAGACAUCAUCAGUAGACGUGCUGUUGACAAACCUCAUCAAGGGGAAUCUGCUUCCCUCAGCUCUCCUCUGGAUAACUUCCAGACCUGCGGCGGCCAAUCAGAUCCCUCCUACAUGUGUGGACAGGGUAACAGAAGUGCGAGGGUUCACUGACCUCCAGAAGGAGGAGUACUUCAGGAGGAGAUCCAGUGAUGAGGAGCUGUGCAGCAGAAUCAUCUCACACAUCAAGGCGUCCAGGAGCCUCCACAUCAUGUGCCACAUCCCAGUCUUCUGCUGGAUCACUGCUACAGUUCUGGAGCACAUGUUGACUACAGACCAGAGAGGAGAGCUGCCCAAGAGCCUGACUGCCAUGUACUCACACUUCCUGCUGGUUCAGACACAGAGGAAGAAGCACAAGUACGAUGAGAGACAUGACAGGAGUCAGCAGGAGCUGAUGGAGACUGACAGGGAAGUUCUUCUGAAGCUGGGCAGGCUGGCGUUUGAACAUCUGGAGAAAGGCAACCUGAUGUUCUACCAAGAAGACCUGGAGGAGUGUGGUCUUGAUGUCACAGAGGCCUCAGUGUACUCAGGAGUGUGCACAGAGAUCUUCAAAACUGAGUGUGUGCUCUUCCAGAGAAAAGUCUACUGCUUUGUUCAUCUGAGCAUUCAGGAGUUUCUCGCUGCAGUCUACAUCUUCCACUGCUACACCAACAGCAACACAGAGGUACUGGCCAGAGUCAUGAGGAGAGAAUGUGAUGACAAAAAGCCAUCGUUGGAUAUCUUCCUGACGAAAGUCAUGUCUGAAGCCCUGGAGAGCAAAAAUGGUCACCUGGACCUCUUUGUCCGUUUCCUUCAUGGCCUCUCACUGGAGUCCAACCAGAGGCUCUUAGGAGGCCUGCUGGGUCAGACAGAGAGCAGACCAGAAGACAUCCAGGAGGUCAUCAAGAACCUGAAGAUGAACACCUCCAGUGUCUCACCUGACAGAAGCAUCAACAUCUUCCACUGUUUGAUGGAGAUGAACGACCUCUCAGUACAUCAGGAUAUCCAAGAGUUCCUGAAGUCAGAGAACAGAUCAGAUAAGAAACUCUCUGCGAUCCACUGCUCAGCUCUGGCCUACAUGCUGCAGAUGUCAGAGGAGGUUCUGGAUGAGUUUGACCUGAAGGCGUACAACACAUCAUAUGAGGGACGACGGAGACUGAUCCCAGCUGUGAGGAACUGCAGGAAGGCUCGACUUUCUGGCUGUGGACUCUCAAAGACUCACUGUGAAACCGUGGCCUCGGCUCUGAAGUCCAACCCCCAUCUGACAGAGCUGGACCUGAGUGAGAACCACCGGCUGCAGGAUUCAGGAGUGAAGCUGCUGUCUGCUGGACUGGAGAGUCCAAACUGCAGACUGAAGACUCUCAGAUUGAGGCACUGCAGGUUGUCAGAGAGCAGCUGUGCUUCUCUGGCCUCGGCUCUGAAGUCCAACCCCCAUCUGACAGAGCUGGACCUGAGUGAGAACCAGCUGCAGGAUUCAGGAGUGAAGCUGCUGUCUGCUGGACUGGAGAGUCCAAACUGCAGACUGGAGACUCUCAGACUGAAGUACUGCUGGUUGACAGAGAGCAGCUGUGCUUCUCUGGCCUCGGCUCUGAAGUCCAACCCCCAUCUGACAGAGCUGGACCUGAGUGAGAACCAGCUGCAGGAUUCAGGAGUGGAGCUGCUGUCUGCUGGACUGGAGAGUCCAAACUGCAGACUGAAGACUCUCAGAUUGAGGCACUGCAGGUUGUCAGAGAGCUGCUGUGCUUCUCUGGCCUCGGCUCUGAAGUCCAACCCCCAUCUGACAGAGCUGGACCUGAGUGAGAACCACCGGCUGCAGGAUUCAGGAGUGAAGCUGCUGUCUGCUGGACUGGAGAGUCCAAACUGCAGACUGGAGGCUCUCAGAUUGAGUCACUGCAGGUUGACAGAGAGCAGCUGUGCUUCUCUGGCCUCGGCUCUGAAGUCCAACCCCCAUCUGACAGAGCUGGACCUGAGUGAGAACCAGCUGCAGGAUUCAGGAGUGGAGCUGCUGUCUGCUGGACUGGAGAGUCCAAACUGCAGACUGAAGACUCUCAGAAUGUACAUGAGACUCGUGAAAGACUCGUCAAGCAGAGCAAAAAUACGAGUCAAAAACUCAAACAAUGAACAGAGCCGUCCACACUCAAGAAAACAAUGAAAGACUGUCUCUCUCUGCGGACAGAAAGGACAGGUAUCAGCAACACCUGGAUUAAUCACAGAUACAAAUGCAUUCACAGCCACAGCAGCAUGGAGGAUCCUCCACUGCAGGUCAGCAGCCCUCUUAGUUAACGG